AUGCCUCCUUUAAAGGUCACCGCCAAACGCCACGUGCUGACCCUGGCGCAACUAUCUGCGUACGAUGAUAUCCUAACAGACGCCCUCGUCGACCAUGUGUUCUACUGGACCACGAUUCCCAAGAAUCGGCCCUCGUACCACCCUUCGCGCGGCGUCGUAGAAGACGCAAUUGCCAGGAUUCUACAAGAAGAGGUUGUCUUGAACAAGAACCCCGCCGCCGCAGAGGCAAAGCUCUUGGCCACCGACGGACUGCGCAGAUUCUCCGCCGGCCUCAAAACGGACAAGGAGAGGGAGGACUUUCGCCGCCAUCUACGACGCUACAUCAACAUUUACCUCCCCGACUGCCCAUGGGAGGUGAAUUCCACAAAUCGAUACACUAUUGUCACCCACGAAGCCAGCAUUACCGCACGAAGACCCAUUCGCCGCAACGAGAGCAUCAAGUAUCUCUCUGGCAUGAAGGUUCACAUUACACCCGAGGAAGAAGAGUUGAUCUCCAAUCGCAAAAAAGACUUCAGUAUCGUGGUCAGCUCCCGGAGCAAGUCCACAAGCCUCUUCAUGGGUCCCGCGCGAUUCGCCAACCACGACUGCGAUGCAAACGCCGCCCUCAUUACCACGAGUCAUACUGGCAUUGAAAUUGUUGCUGUACGUAAUAUUGCGGUUGGUGAGGAAAUCACAGUCACCUACGGUGAUAAUUACUUUGGAGAAGAUAACUGCGAAUGCCUCUGCAAAACAUGCGAGGACGGGUUUCGAAACGGCUGGAAGGACGCCGAAGGCAAGCCACAAGUCAAGACGAUGGACGAGGAGGUCAAGACGGAAACAUAUGUGCUUCGCAGACGACGGCGUGAUGAUAGCAUCUGUGUUUCCUCACGCACGCCCUCUGUAACCCCAGUCAUGCGCCCAAAGAUUCGUAAGACUCGGACUACUUCGAGACUGCGGGUCGACGACGCAUUAGCAUCGCCAGCACCUUCACCCGCACCGGAGUUGACACCACGGACGGGUAAACGCACUUUUGAUGCCAUGGCUACGCCUCCCGUCACGCCAUCCAAGAAGCCGAAGCAAAUUGUUGAGCUCGUCGACGCUGCACGCGAUGCCUCGCGCGGUAGCUCGGUUAGCGACAGCAUUAACUCAAGCCAGGACGGUCCUCUCGAAACCGACGUCUCAUCGCCAGAGCCCACGCCUGAAAAUAUUAGCUCAGUAGCCGACAUCCCUUCGCCAGAACCCUCACAAGGAGCUCCAUCUCCGCAAAAGGCGGACCCUGAUGAUACAUGUAUCUCUGUCGUUGUCCUACCCAGUGUGGACGAUGCUCUAGAAAGCAUUACAGUAAGCAUUGAGCCUGUGGACGAUGCAGACAAGGCAGUCGUGGGAGUCACUUCGAAGCGCAAGUACCAACGCAAGGUGUACCGGGAGCAAACGCCACCUGCAAGAACAAGAACGCCUGGUGACUAUGUGCUCACACCACUUUUGCUUUCGGAGCCUGCAAUGGCCUGGGUUCAAUGCGGCAUGUGUAGCACACCAUUUGUGCAGCAAAACGCCUAUUUCACGCGCGCAUCUUGCCCACGUUGCGAGAGACACUCCAAAGUGUAUGGCUACAUGUGGCCAAAGACGGACAAGGAGGGCUCUUGGGACAAGGAAGAGCGCGUGCUAGACCAUCGGACAGUUCACCGAUUCCUGGAUUCGUAUGAGGAGAAGCGAGCCCGCGGGCGCAAAGCCGGACCCCCGCCACAGGAGGUGGAAGAAGAGGUGGAGUCGCGCGGCCGUAGUCUGAAGCGCAAGUCGGUGACCAAGCCGGCGGUAAAGGCCAAGACUGGGUCGAGAGCAGACAGUGGUAUUCGGCGAAGUGGCCGCGCUCGGACAGUGAGCAGGAAGCUAGUUGGCGAAUGCUAA